AUGCCCCUGUGUAACUUCUUCGCUCCCGCCGAUUGGGCGCUGAUGACCCUCGCUUUCGAGCUCCAUCAACUCACACACUCUUUCAAGAGUGACGCCAAGGACGAGACCCGUGCGGGCAUUCACUUGGACCAUCUGGAUUUCUACUACCAGAAGUACUUCCAGAAGGCUCUGACCCCGAAGAGCUUCGGGGUGGAGACUGUGCAGGCCGUCGUGGACUUGGUGAAGGAUGUCGUCCACAUCAACGGCAAGGGCCAGCUGGUGUCCAUGCUGUCGGAGGAGAUGGAGAGUUACCAGAUCUUCGUCAUGAUCACCGAGGAGGCGCGGCGAUACCGCAGCCUGCGCAUCGACGUAGGCGAUGAGUCCGCAGUGCUGAAGAUCGCCGUCCAGCACGGCAGCCAGCAGCAGCAGAACGGCCACAAGAGGAAGGGGGAGUGGAAGGAUUGGAAGCAGCCCCAGGCUGUGGGCGCAGUCGGCAAGGGCACCACCAGCAAGGGCGCGACAGGCAAGGGCGCGACUGGCAAGGGCGCGACCAGCAAGGGCGGCUGGCAGGGGCAGAGCUGGGCGAACAAGAAGCCCAGGGUCUGGACGACCAAGUGA